AGUAAAAUCCAAAUCUCUCUAUUUUCUUCUUUCUUAGAAUCCCUCAGAAUCAUACAGAAGCUUAUGGUUUCCGCCAUAACAAAGAUUUCUUCAUCGAUCUCCUAAAAAAAUGGAACUUCAAGGCCUCAAUAUUCAGCAAUCAGAUGAUUCAGCAAUAUUUGAAACACCCAAUCUGAAUUCUAAUUCAUCUAAUGUUGGAUGGAUGUCAGAUGAUCCAAGUAAGAAGAUCCGUAAACCUUAUACUAUCACCAAGUCCAGAGAAAGCUGGACUGAGCAAGAGCAUGACAAGUUUCUCGAAGCCUUACAGCUAUUUGAUCGUGAUUGGAAAAAGAUCGAAGCUUUUGUUGGGUCAAAGACUGUAAUUCAGAUUCGAAGCCAUGCUCAAAAGUACUUUCUGAAGGUUCAGAAGAGUGGAACAAACGAACAUGUACCACCACCUCGGCCAAAGAGGAAAGCUAAUCAUCCAUAUCCACAGAAGGCAUCAAGAAAUGCCCCAACUAUGUCUCAAGGUUCAGUGCCUCUUCCAGAUAUUGGAUAUAAUAAUAUAGCAUCAUUGGCAGUACCUCUAGACCCUAGUGAUUGUACUGAAACUUUGUCAUCUUGGUCUAAUGUUCCUUUGCCAAAAGUGGAAGGAUGUCUAAGUGAGCUGACUAUGGUGAAUAAUGAUCAUGGAAGUAGCAAUUCUCGAGAAAACGCCUUUGACAUAGAUGGAACUGUAGGAAAGUUCGCCUGGCCUGUGAGAGCUAUGCCAGAUUUUGCCCAAGUAUACAGCUUUAUUGGCAGUGUCUUUGAUCCAAAUGCUUCUGAUGAUCAUCUUCAACAAUUGAAGACGAUGGACCCAAUAAAUCUUGAGACGGUCUUACUGCUGAUGAAGAACCUCUCUUCCAAUUUGUCAAACCCCGACUUUGAGGAUCAUAAGAAACUGCUUUCUUCGAUUGAUAUCGAAUCUGAGAAAGUAAAAUGUGGUACCCUUUAUAACAAAGAACGACUCGCAAGACCAGAGAAUGCUAUCCCUUCGAUGUAGUAUGUAAGCUCUCCACAACUAAUACUUAUGUCAGAUUUACGAUACAUUUAUGGAUGUGCCCUUGGAUGCAAUGAUUUGUUCAUACACGGGUAUGUAGAUAUGUAUAAUAUGGAUUUGGAUUUGGAGGCCUAGAAUCAUCGAGUCACUGUCGAACCUUUUGUGUGUUUUGUAUUGAAAAGACACCAUACAACAACUAUAGAAGUUGGUGAUAAAUGUCUGAUCAGUUCACUAGAGAUUUUUUUAUUUUAUUUGUAAUAAACUAUAAUGUUGAAUUUAGGAAGGCCUUGAAAUAAGUUCAUUUUGUUGUUAAUUGUAAUAUGAAUCCAUGUUAUGUUUGAA